UGGCUGGGGUGGGGUUUUUCUUUCUUUCUUUCUUUCUUUUCAAGGGAGAUGAAAACUACAAUUUAAGUUUAUUUUAAAAAAAACACUACAAUUUUGAGUAGAGUUCAGGGAGAUCUGCCUAAUUUCUUGUUUUUUCUAUAAUUUUUCCAUAAAUUAAGAGUUCUAGAUAGCAAAUAGGAAAGGUCAGAGCACAGUACUAUAUUGGUCCACUUGGAAUAUCAUAAUCUUAUUAGUUUCUUUCACCUGUAAAUUUAAUAGAGUUCUAAUGACAAAGAACACUAGGCAAAUUUUCAUUACCAUUUGAUUUCAUCCUCCCAAACUCAAGCAUCAACACCAUCUUCAGCCUUCACAAUUAGAACUCAAUUGCAAUGGAAUCUCAAAAUCUCACCCAAAACAGCAUUUCUAAUGCUGUUAAAUCAGCUUUGAUCUUUCUAGGGACCGGGUGCUCCAACACCGUCCCCUUUGGAUUGUGCCUUGUCCAGCCCUCGGAUCCACCCUGCCAUGUAUGCUACCAGGCCCUCUCUGUCCCACCUGAACAAAACCCCAACUACAGGUGCAAUACAUCUCUUCUUAUAGAUUAUUGUGAGAGUGAUGAGAAACACAGCUAUAUAUUGAUUGAUAUUGGGAAGACGUUUAGGGAGCAAGUACUUAGGUGGUUUACCUUCCACAAGAUUCCUCGAUUGGACUCUAUUAUUUUGAGUCAUGAACAUGCUGAUGCAGUUCUUGGUCUCGAUGACAUACGUGCUGUACUACCAUUUAGUCCUACAAAUAAUAUUGAUCCAAUCCCCAUUUACCUAAGUCAGUUUACCAUGGAGAGCGUUGCUAUGAGAUUUCCAUACUUGACGAAGAAGAAUUUAAGGGAAGGCCAAAAAAUAAGACGAGUGGCAGCACAGCUGGAUUGGAAUAUUAUUGAGGAAGACUGUCAAAGACCAUUUGUUGCAUCAGGAGUAAAAUUUGUUCCUCUGCCAGUGAUGCAUGGAGAAGGCUAUAUUUGCUUGGGUUUUCUCUUUGGUGAAAAAAGUAGAGUAGCGUACAUAUCAGAUGUUUCACGUAUUCCUGCAAGCACUGAAUAUGUAAUUUCAAAAGCUGGGGCUGGGCAGUUGGAUCUUCUUAUCUUGGAUGCUUCACGCAAGUAUGGACUCCCUGGUGCUCACUUCACUUUAUCUCAGAGCCUUGAAGCUGUGAAGAGACUAUAUCCAAAGCAAGCUCUGUUUACUGGGAUGGGUCAUGAGCUUGAUCAUUACAAAGACAAUGAGUUUUUAGCAGAAUGGUCUAAAAGGGAAGGAAUACUGGUGCAGCUUGCACAUGAUGGCUUGAGAAUUCCUAUAGACAUGUGAUAAGAUAUUUUUGCAUGUUUUGGGCAUUCCUUGGAGUUGUGAUGUGUUCAUCGCUUCCUGGCUCUUCCAAAAGAAGUUUGUUCUUUCCUAACAGCUGAUUCUGUUUGAGUGGUUUAUUAGCAAGUUUGACCAUUUUUCACUUUGAUCUUCUUGGUCUGCCAAACAUGGUACUUUGUGCUCUUCUUACAAGUGGUAAUCGGGAGACUAUUCAAUACACAGAGUAUUAAAUAAGAACAUUCUGUAUAUCCACAUAUAUAUGAGAUAUUUUGCUAAUUAUAAGAGGAAUCAACCUGUAUUUAUGUGAAUGAAAAGUAUUCAUAUGGUAUGGCCAUUGGCCACAA